UACGCCGACGUCGUUUCGAAGUGCUGGUCCCGGCGCCGAAGAGGAAAUCGUCUCUCAGCAAUUCCAGUUUUUUGCUUUCAUUCCUAUUUUGUGCUUUUGUGCUUUCAUUCCUAUUUUGAAUCGUGAUAUUAAGCGGAAUUUAUUGCACCGAUAAAAAUACAAUCUCUGUGACAUCUCUAAUUGCGCAAGUGAUGGUGGGCGACAUGUGGGUGGUAUCGGGCGCGCGUUUCGUUAGAGACGAUGUGGCCGAUAAGCGUUUAUUCAAGAUAUAAAUCGGAACGAUAACACGCACCGUUAUAUCGAGUGAGCCAAAGAACGCGCGGCGCGGAGCAUGACUUUUUGUCCGCAAUUGCAGUGUACUCGUCGCAAACGUGCGGCCAAAAUUUCAUCGCAAAAAAAAUUUUUGCCUCAUUUUUUUUCUUUUAAAUCGAUUUCUCUUUUAAAAUGACGAUGGGAACUACCACGACAGUGCGCGCUGAUGAGUCUUCGUCGAAACCACUUUUUGUUACUCUGCCGAAUAAAGAAAAGGAAGAGUACGUGUCGACUAACAUCAAGUCUUCCGGCUUGGAGGGCAAAGAAAGGAAACACUUUCAAUUUCUAAUCAGUUUGUGUGCUGCGCUGGGCGGCAUGCAGGCCGGUAUAACGCUCGGCUGGUCGUCACCGAUCUUGCCGUAUCUCACGUCAAAGGAGUCCUUCCUCCCCGAAUUAUCCGAUGAUCAGAUCUCGUGGAUAUCAUCCCUGCUGGCGUUGGGCGCCAUCGUGGGCGCCGUACCGGCCGGCAAGAUCGCCGAUCGACUCGGCCGAAAAUGGGCCAUCAUCCUGACAGCUGUGCCGUUCACGGCCUCCUGGCUCACUCUGGCGUUGACCGGAAACGUCGCCAGCAUAUACGCCGCCCGGUUCAUCGGCGGAAUCGGCGCCGGUGCAGCGUGCGUCCUCGUGCCGGUUUACGUCGGUGAAAUCGCCCAGGCGUCGAUUCGUGGCGCCCUGGGCGCCUUCUUCCCGUUGCUCUUCUCCUCAGGCAUCGUUUUCGCAUACGCAGUAGGCGCGUACUGCUCUUACGUAGUCUUCAAUGUCGCUUGCUGCGCGAUCCUGCUGCCGUUCGUCCUGGGCGCGUCUUUUAUGCCGGAGUCGCCGAUGUGGCUGAUACAGCGAGGCCGUAAAAUCCAGGCCGCCCGAGUCCUAACGAUUUUACGAGGACCUCAUUACGACAUCGCAAAGGAGAUAACUGUUCUUCAGGACGACGCAGACAGGAUGGUAAACGCAAAUGGUGGUUUCAAAGACCUCGUCGGGACCAAAGCCGGACGUCGAGCUGUUAUCACUUGCAUGGGACUUAUGGCUUUCCAGCAACUAUGCGGCGUGGACGCGGUUCUCUUCUACACAGUCAACAUUUUCCAAGCAGCCGACAGUACGAUCGAUCCCUUCGUGGCGGCAAUUAUCGUCGGAAUUACCGAAGUGUUGAUAACGCUAUUCGUUGCUGUUGUGAUCGACAGAUUCGGCCGAAAGCCGCUUCUAAUGAUAUCCGGCGUGAUGAUGACCGCUUGUCUAGGUGUCCUGGGCUAUUAUUUCAAGCUUAAAGACGGAGGAAGUGACGUUAGCGCCUUUGGCUGGCUGCCACUGACCAGUCUCGCUCUCUUCAACGUCGUCUUCUCAAUUGGUUACGGCUCCGUGCCGUUUGCAGUAAUAAGCGAGAUAUUUCCGCCGGAAACCAAAGGUGUUGCCAGCAGCAUGUCGAUCGUGGUGCACUGGAGUCUGGUGUUCAUCGUCACCAAACUGUUUCCCACCAUGGAGGACAAGAUGGGUCAGGCCGCGACUUUCUGGACGUUUUCAUUCUUCACCAUCACGUCUGUGGCUUUCGCGUACUUUGUAGUGCCGGAGACGAAGGGCAAAACGUUGCAAGAGAUACAGAGAAAACUCGAACGAAGACACUAAGUGAGAACGGAAUAUUCGACUGAGCGGGCCUGAUAAUCUCAGCACAGCUAGCAAAAACAUUCAUUGUCUUUCAUAGUUCAAACAUUCGGGCUUUUACAGUGACGAGAUUCGAAGCGGUGUUUCUAAAGCAUUAAGCUUCUUCGAAGUCGAUAAAGAUGUAUAUAUUACAUUGUUGAAAUUUUUUUUAACAAGAAUAUAUUAUAUUAUUUAUCUUGUUGUUAUAGAAUACAUGUUACCAUCUAGCAAAACUUUAUUAGAUUUUUUUUAUACAUAAUUAUUGUAUUGUAAAUUCAAAUAUUGUAAAUACAUAAUAUAUGUAUCUGCGUAACAAUCUCUGUCAAAUGCAUUUGAAAUAUCUUGCGAAAAAGUCGCGCACAGAGAUGUAAAUACGUGUAUGUAUGCGAUAAUCGAUAAGAGAAAUAUAAUAUCAAUAAC